CUCGCGGGGUAUUGUGGGAGGGUCCAAGGCGUCAGGAGCCGUUCGUUCAGGCUCUGAGCGGGCGGGUGGGGUACCCUAGGAUGGAGGAGGACCCGGAAGCAGAGUCGGAGGCUGGGCGGGAGCCGGAGGCGGAGCCCGAGCCAGGGCUAGAGCUGGAGCCGGAGCCUGAGCCAGAUGCAGAUCCAGAUGCAGAUCCGGAUGCAGAGCCAGAUGCAGAUCCAGAUGCAGAGCCAGAGCCAGAACCAGAGCCGGCGCCGGAGCCAGAGCCAGAGCCAGAGCCAGAGCCAGUGUCGGAGCGAAAGCCCCAGCUGGAGCCCAGACAGGAUCGAGGGCUGGAGCCUGAGCCCGAGCCCGAGCCGGAGCUGGUGAGGGACUCAGAGACCGAGCCGGAGCCGGAGCCAGAGCCGCAGCUGCGGCCGGAGCCGAGGCCAGGGUGGGGUGAGGCCGCAGCCGCGGCCCAGGAGGAGCGGGAGCUGCAGGAUCGCGAGUUUUUCUCGUGGGCAGAGUUCAGCCGCUUCUUCGAUGCCUGGUGUCAGCAGCACCGGGCCCUGUUCUUCGUCAAGAGCUCCAUGCACCUGGCCAAAUGCCGCUGGGCCCUCGACCCCCCGCUCCACGCCCUCAUCGAUGUCCUGAAGUACAGCUACGUUCGGCUUGUCUGCAAGGAUGUGCGGGCACCGGUGGGGCGGCCCGGCAUUGCGGGGAGCCCCCAGCCAGGCUGCCCAGCCUUCAUCAUCCUGAAGCUCAGCUCACUGCGAGACCGCCUGGUGGUGACUGAGUGCCACCUGACCCAUUCCCACCCAGCCUGCCCUUUGGAGUUUGCCUAUUAUUUCCGCCCGGGCCAUCUUCUUGCCAACGCCUGCCUCCCUGUCCGCACGACCAACAAGAUCUCCAAGCAGUUUGUGGCCCCUUCGGACAUCCACCGCCUCCUCUCCUACUGCAAGAGCCGGGACCACGGGGUCCUUGAUGCUCUCCACGUUCUGGAGGGGCUUUUCCAGGCUGACCCUGAGGCCAAGGUGAAGCUGGUCUUCGUGGAAGAUCAAGCCGUGGUGGAGACCGUGUUCUUCCUCACGUCGAGCAUGAUGGCUCUGCUCCGCCGCUUCCCCCUCAUGCUCUUCUUCGACCGGCUGCCGGGCCUGCAGGGCACCUUCGACCUGUCCACAGUGCUGUGCGUGGACGACCGUGGCCGUGGCCGCGAGGUGGCCUGCUGCCUCACGCGCCAGACCAGCCCCAACCUUCUGCGCUUCACUCUGGCCUCGUUGGUGCAGAGUGUGCCGGAGAUCAAGGGCCGCGUGCGCUGCGUUACCGUGGGGCCCGAGGUGGGCACGCAGCUGGAGGCCGUCCGGGAGCUGCUGCCCGGGGCCCGCGUGCAGAUCUGCCGGGUGCAGGUGCUGGAGACGCUCUUCAGCAAGGCCCAGGAGCUGGGCGGGGCCGGGGAGGACCCGGGGCUGUGGCCCUUGCUGUGCCGCCUGGCCGGGGCGGCCUCCGCCGCGGCCUACAUGGAGGCACUGGCUGAGCUGCGGGCCACCUGUCCAGCCGCCUUCGUGGACUACUUUGAGCGCAGUUGGGCCCCGCGCAGGGCCAUGUGGGUGCGCCUGUGGGCCUUUGAGACGGCUCGAAACGUGGAUGCUUGUGCCCUGGUCCGAGGCCACCGGCAGCGCUUGUUGCGCGGCCUCAGCCCCUCGCCCACCGUCGCCCAGUGCAUCCGCGACCUGGUGGCCUUACAGCGGGGGCACGGAGAUGGGGAGGGGCUGUGGGGAGAGGAGGGCCUGUCCAAGGCACCUCCGACGGGAUUAGAGAACGGAUGCGGAAGGGGGCUGCAGUGGGGGGACAGAGGAGCAAGGGGGACACCGUUGGGAGAGGGCGGUGGCCAGUUAGGAGACAGAGGGGUGAGAGAGGGAGGCGUACAGUUAGGAGACACGGGGGACCGGGGCCCACAGCUGGGGGACAGAGGCGAGUGGGGGAUGCACGUCGGGGAGAGAGAUGUCCGGCUUGUGGACAGAGGGGAUAAGGAGGUCCUGUUGGGAGAGAGUGGGAUAGAGUCGCGAGGGAGAGGGAUGUAUUUAUGGGAAAGGAGUGUGGCAUUAGGGGAUAGAGAGGAGAGGGGCCGGCAGCUGGGGGGAGGCAGCGUCCAGCUGGGGGACAGAGGAGAGAGGGGACUGGCUCUGUGGGAGAGAGGCGUCCAGCUGGGGAGCAGAGGGGAGAGGAGGAUGCAGCUGGGAGAGCGAGGUGUCCGGCUGGGGGACAGAGGGGAGAGAGGAUUCCAUUUGUGGGAGAGAGGUAGACAGCUGGGGGACAGAGGGGAGAGCAGGACACACUUGGGAGACAGUGACGUACAGCUAGUGGACGGCGGGGCGAGGGGGACGGAGCUGGGAGAGGGCAGUGCCCAGCUGCAGGACAGAGUGGCGAGGGGGCUGCCCUUAUGGGACGGGGGGCAGAUGAUGCAGCUGGGGGACAGAGAAGAGGCUGGGGGCAUGCUGGGAGAGUUUCAGGGAAGAGGCAGGACGGCUGGGCUUAGAGACGAGAGGGUGGGGGCCAGGAAGCGGCCCCGAAGUUCCUCGGAAGAGGAAGACUGGGAGCUGCUGUCCAGGUUCCGGGCUGUGUGUGGGCCGGAACUGGCCGGCCUGGUGGCUGAGGAGCUGAACUUUGCUCGGCAGCAUGGGGUCAGGGGCUUCCGGUGGACUGGGACCGGCUACACUCUGCAGGACGGGACCUCGGACUUCCUCCUGGAUGCGGCGCUGACACGCUGCAGCUGCUCCAUCCACGCUGCGCGCCACCUCCCCUGCCGUCACCUCUUUGCUGCCCGCCUCGUGGUGGGAGCUGCCCUCUUCCACAUGGACCUGCUCAGGGACAGCUGGGGAGGGGCCCCUGAGCCUUGAACCUUG